UUUCUGCAAAUUCGCAUUUUUAGGUGUGCAGUGCUUUUGUGAAUUUCAAAUCACGUGGAUGUUCGCGACCCAUGCUCUGGCCCUACCCGUGGGUUCUGGUUGUACAUAUGAAACGGAUCGAACAUGGUAAGUAAGUCGGUCCUCUCCAGAGUCCACCAGCUUGACUCCAGAGCUUCCUUCUACGUGACGAUAUUUCACGACAAAACGACAUAUAUCCUGCUCUUACAACUAACUUAUACGUUCCUCGAACCUUUCUGUCAAUUGCCUCAAUUCUUUGCACAGGCCGCUGACCAGGAAUCAGGAUAGGGUCAUAUAUGCUAUGACUAGUAGUUGGCGCACAGCGGUAGUGCUGCACUACUUGUUACCACUUGCCUUAGCUCAAUAUACUCCACUGCCUAGAUGGGGACAAGCGGCGGCUUUACUGGAAAAUGUUCUUUAUGUUCACGGAGGUCUGACAGAUCAGUAUGAUCAAUACUCAUACACAUCUGCACCCCCCACAUCAGAACUAUUGCUACUCGACCUUUCCACAUCCUUCAGUGCCACGUCCCCGCCUUGGCAACUGCUCUCAAAUACAACCACGACGAGCUCUUCUCUCGCUCUAGGAUGGCACACCUUAUCUGCAUUUAAUAUAUCUUCAUUCCUGCUUUUCGGUGGUCAACCAGGACCGAAUUCCCAAACAGUUCUCACUUCCCUUAACGAUUCUGCCACAGUCGUUUCCGCUUACGAUCGCACGGACCCUUCAUUCUUCGUUGAGCCCCAGAGCUGGGCUGGUGAACCAAUGAGGAGGAUUCGUCAUUCAGCAUCGUCAACUGGCGGAAAGGUCUGGAUCGUUGGGGGCGAGAAGGCCGAUGGGUCCGGAAAUUCAUUCUCUGAUCACUAUCUAUUCAACCCUGCGUCACAGAUGUUCGUAAUGCUUCCAUCUGGUGGUAAUGCUCCGCCCGAAAUUUACGGACAUGCAUCGCUCGUCCUUCCUGACGGACGAUUGCUUGUCUUGGGUGGAUAUUGUGCAUCAUGCGGGGAACUUGUACCUCUGAAUACCGUCUGGUUUCUUGACACGACACAGGCAACCCUCGCAUGGGACAUGAUAUCCGUCUCGACUUCUACCCUGCCAAAUCCACGCCGCGAUUUCGCAGCCGUUGUCCUUGCUACUGGAGAAAUCCUUAUUCAUGGGGGAGGCGACAGCCAAUUACAAACAACUUAUAGUGAUGGAUGGAUACUAAAUACCAACCAAAAUCCAAUGGUCUGGCAAGAAGCCCAGUCUCUUCAGCAACUCGGCGCUCGCAAAGACCAUCUGGCAAUACAAUAUAAUGGCCAAGUGUUCUUUGCCUUUGGUUACGGAUCUUCUGCCCCCGCAUCUGCCACUAUGGAAAUAUACGACCCCUCCACCUCGUCCAUGGUGACCUCUUAUAGCCCGCCACCUGCGGGUUCGACCCCGGCCAUCAAUUCACUUCCUGCACCUUCUCAAACUGGUAGCUCUGGGUCAAGUGGGGGAAGUGCAGGCGCUCCCUCAACGGUGUACCCAACGAGCACUGCCGGUGCUGAUUCCAGCUCCAGUAAAGCCAAAGUAACCGCUAUCGCUGUAGGCACUACCUUUGGCAUCCUUGGGCUUGUCGCUGGUGGACUCGUCACUGUCUGGUAUAUCAAACGUUCACGGAGACGUUCGCCUUCGAGCAAUGGGAAAUUCUUCUUCCUCGGUGGUGACCCGGAGCACGACAGUACUGAUGGUGGUAGCGCCAUUAUAUUGUCUGUGGGUUCGGACGAGAAAGAACCUCAGAGGAGUCACAGAAUUUCAGAUGCACCCGCGCUCCCGCUGGCUGCAGUUCUUGCUCAUCUUGGGUUAAGCAAACACAGUUCUUCUGAGCCACCUCGCCCGCGCCGUGACAUGUUUGCCGACGAAGACACGCGGCAAUUCGGGUGGGACAAUCCUCCGGGCAUGUCACGCAGGGAAGGGAGCGGCGGGGCUAGUGCAUGGUCAAUGCGCUCGAUGGGGGCAAUGGUGCGCGGUAUGAUUUCCAGGGCGCCAAGUGCUGGCAAUAGCGACCGAGAUUGGGAUGGAUGGGAGAAGAUUGAGGGUGACCACGAGGGACUGAUACACGAAGACAAUAACUCGUGCAACAUCGACAUAACGAUGCCCACCAACGGCCACCUCCAUGGACGAGAUGGUAGUUCAUGGUCGUACUCAGAUCCAUUCUCAGAUCCUGUGCCAGAUGAUGGAGAGUACGACUUGUAUCGGCCACAUCAUGAUGCACUCAAACCUUGUGGCGAGUACGACAACAUUGAUGUUGACGAUGGGAACCGAGACCCACCACCCCUUCGCCCACUGGGGACCCUACUACCUAUUUCUGCACCCAUUCACACCCUUAGUCCUUUGCAUGGGGUCGCAUCCGACUCAGCCAACACCCUAGCAUCAUGUCCUGGCUCGUCACACGAUAAUCCAUCUUCCAAAGGUCCUUCUUCCACCAAUACUUACUCCCAAUCAAGCUUUCUCUCGCAGCCGACUUAUAGUCCUGCGACGCCUCCCAUCUCGUACUCUGCAAUUACUACACCCUCACAGCGCCACUCGUCCAUCCUUGACUCGUAUUCACCUCCUUCGAGCCCCAUUCGUCGAUCAGGCAGCUGGUGGGCGCGUUUCAUGAAGACAUCUCUACUUGAUCGACGCAAUUCCACCGGCCAGAAACCGCUGGAUUUACGGGACCCUAACCCAGCUCCGCGUCUCAUGCCGAUCGAGGAAUCGAAGGCUUCCCCGGACUCUCUUGAGUCCAAAUAUGAGCACACAGAUAAACAUGUUCGUUUGAUCUCGUCAUCUGUGCAUAGUGGCCGAACAGCAAAUACUGAGGCCGCAGAGCGGCUAGGUGGAAGUUAUGAUGUCGUACAGCGAAUCGCAUCGGACGAGUCUACGUCACGCCGAACAACGUCGAUUUGUUCGAUUGAUGCGAAUGAACAUGGAAUAUUGGAUGGUAUAUCAUCCGAUCAAGCCAAGCUUACCUCUUCUCCAGCCAUAUCUCCGUCGUCGCAUCCGUCUUCUUCCUCGAAGGAGCACAAACCACCUUCGAGGGCUGGAAGCCCCUCCAUGUAUGGUUCUGGACUCACCAGGUCCGCAACUCAUGCCGUGUCAUCUAGGGUUCAGGAGAUCGAGCGGCGGAUGACAAACAGUCUGGAGGCGGAACGUUCUCCACCUCCGCGGAAUACUCGCAAGCGAGAAGAAGUGCCUUCGCGUACCCGUCCAAGUAUUCAGUACGGUCUGGCUCCGCGAGCAUCAUUGUACGUUGCCAACCCUGACAGUGGUGUGCCUACAUUGUGAUGUUGUGACUUCUACCCCUUUGUUACCAAUGUCUGGACUGGUUAUGGAAGGAAUUGUACUUCUUACGCUCCUGUCUUUCCUGCGGUUGCUUUAGUACCCGAGAUACCACAUGACCGACAAUUAUUCCAGCUCUCUUUUUUUUGGUCAGCAUGAUAUACAUACUACUGCAGAGAUAGCGUCUCCAACCAUGAUACCUUCGGACCACGGAUGUAUGUAUUUGAAAGAAUCCUUUGGUGACUAGAGGCCUCGAUCCAUGCCUUGCGCCUUGGGCAUUUUUAGGGAGCCAACGCGUGUCUGAUUGGCAGGUAGAUCAUUCGCGCGCGUAAUGCGCGCAACGAUCAAGAUGACUGCCACAGGGGAACGUCAGAAGAUUGGUUACGGACCGGUGAUUGUGAUGCUAUCGGGACAUGCAUUGAAAGCCGAUGGAGACGAGUACGCUAGUA